CACCGCAGCCUCCAUCCCCGCCGCCGCCCGCCCGCCCGCCCGCCUCAGGCCGCCAUGGCCGCGCUGCACGCCAAGGCCGGCGGCCCCCCGCAGAUCCCCGACACCCGGCGGGAGCUGGCCGAGCUGGUGAAGCGCAAGCAGGAGCUGGCGGAGACGCUGGCCAACCUGGAGCGGCAGAUCUACGCCUUCGAGGGCAGCUACCUGGAGGACACGCAGAUGUACGGCAACAUCAUCCGCGGCUGGGACCGCUACCUCACCAACCAGAAGAACUCCAACAGCAAAAACGACCGGAGGAACCGCAAGUUCAAGGAGGCCGAGAGGCUCUUCAGCAAGUCCUCAGUCACCUCGGCGGCGGCGGUCAGUGCAUUAGCUGGAGUUCAAGACCAGCUCAUUGAGAAGCGGGAGCCAGGCAGUGGGACAGAGAGUGACACUUCUCCAGACUUUCACAAUCAGGAGAAUGAGCCCAGCCAGGAAGAUGCUGAAGAGCUGGAUGGAUCCGUGCAGGGGGUGAAACCCCAGAAAGCUGCUUCCUCCACUUCUGGGAGCCACCAUAGCAGCCACAAAAAACGGAAGAACAAAAAUCGACACAGGAUUGAUCUCAAGUUAAACAAAAAGCCAAGAGCCGACUACUAGACUCAUCAGUGAUGAAGCCUCUGGGAUUUAGGUCUACAUGAAUCCCCACCAAGAAAAAUGCCAGUCAACUGAAUGAGCACGAUGGCAGCUCUUUGGCCAAGUGUAUGCAGAAGGGAGUGGUUCACUCUAAAGAACUCAGAUUGGGGGAGAAAGUCUUGGACCAUGUACUUUGCAUCAUUUUUAAAUCACCUGACUUACAGGAAGACAAAGGUGUAGUAGUAGUAGUCUUGAAUUCCUGACUAUUCUGUGCUUCCAGCUCAGUUGGGAACUUCCUACAAUUGGCUGAUCUUGCUGCUGCCACCCCUGUCAUCUGUAAAACCAUGGAGAGGCAUUUUCUUUUCUGCUGGAAUUGGGGUAUGAUUCAGUUUGUCCCAUCCAUGUUGUAAGGCUUAGAUUACUUUUUGUUACUGAUACUUAGCUUCAUGUUUUUUUUUUGUUGUUUAUAUUUUGUUUUGUUUUUUUUUGGUUGUAGGUGGGAGGUUUUUUUGGUUGUUUUUGUUUUGUUUUCAACCAAAGUGUGUAGUUAAUGAAUUGGCUUUUGGUUUGUUUGUUGUAAUCCAUGUAGAGAGGAAGGUACUUCAUUUUGUGGAACAUCCUCAGUUUGAUUCUUACGCGAGCAGAGAACAAGGUGGCUAACCAUUUUCUCUAACUUUUAUUUUGAACACCAUCCCCUAAAGUUUACACACUGCUUUUAGAUGCAGGGAAGGCAGGAGCUCAAAGCCAACUUGCUGUGUGCUGUCUUUGAGGUUGGGUGGAUUCUCUUUUUAAUACAAACUUCUGUCAUUUGUACAUAAACAAUAAAAGUUACAUUUGUCUCUCUU